GCACGCGCAUAAACAAUACUGGUGCAUAGAUAAUAAAUUGCAAAAGUCAAUUUUUUUUACCAAAAAAGUUUUUAUUAAUCUGCAAACACGUUGCGUUCAAGUGAGAGUGUUUCGAUCGUUGAAAGUUUGGCGUGCGACUUGAUUUUUCAUUACCAAGAACCAGAAGCCAAGAUGACUUUAGAACAGCCAGCUGGAGAGAUGUGGCAGAAGAUCCGCGAGGAGCUAAAUGAGAACCCCGACACUCGGGAACAGGAUCUUGCACAUAUCAAGGAGUGGCUGAAAAAGGAACCUCAUCUACCCGAUGAAUUUGAUGACCAACGCAUCAUGACCUUCCUUCGCGGAUGCAAAUUCUCCCUGGAGAAGUGCAAGCGUAAACUGGACAUGUACUUCACCAUGCGCUCGGCCGUGCCUGAGUUCUUCACCGACAGAGACAUUACUCGCCCAGAGCUUCAGGAGAUUACUAAAAUUAUCCAAAUGCCACCACUCCCUGGUCUUACUCCCGAUGGCCGUCGUGUCGUACUUAUGAGAGGUGUUGAAAAAGAUGUGCAAACACCCAAUGUAGCAAACGCAUUCAAGCUGGCGCUUAUGCUUGGAGAUGUUAGACUAACGGAAGAGAAGGAAGGCGUUGCAGGAGAUAUUUACAUUCUGGAUGCUUCUGUAGCGACCCCUAACCACUUCGCGAAGUUUACGCCAACAUUGGUGAAGAAAUUCUUAGUUUGUGUUCAGGAAGCAUACCCAGUGAAACUGAAACAAGUCCAUGUGAUAAAUAUUUCACCAUUAGUGGACAAAAUUGUGAAUUUCGUCAAACCAUUCCUGAAAGAGAAGAUUAGAGACAGAAUCUUCAUCCACAGCGAUGUCAGCGAACUUUACAAACACAUUCCACAGGAAAUGAUGCCGAAUGAAUAUGGAGGAAAAGCUGGUCCCAUGAAUGAUAUUCACAAUGCAUGGGUUAAGAAGCUUGAAGAGUACACACCCUGGUUCACCGAACAAGAGCAAUACAAGGCAGAUGAAGCCCUCAGGCCCGGAAAGCCUACAAACUACGAUGAACUCUUCGGAAUCGAUGGCUCUUUCCGUCAAUUAGUCAUAGAUUAAGUUAUAAAGCUUAGACGUGAUUUAUCCGUUCAAGUGUGAAACCAUUAUUUUUAAUACACUUUAAUAGUUACACUAUUAUUUUGAUCUUGUUCGGGUGUUAGCAUCUCUACUGUCGCCUUCACACUCUCUCGUAUUUAAUACUCAAAUUGUAUUUUCAACCAAAGCAGUUUGCUCAUUAUUUUUUAAUGUUCAUAUUUUAAUGUUAAUAACAACGAGUACA